AUGUCUAGCAAAAUGGAGAGGCCUGCGCAGCGCUUCGGGGAAAUUCCAGGAGCAUCUGUUGGGACGACAUGGAAGAGUCGCAAAGAAUGUUUUGAUGCCGGUGUGCAUCGCCAAAUCGAAGCUGGUAUAAGCGGCACUGAGGCAGAUGGCGCCUUCUCAAUCGUCGUAUCUGGCCAAUAUAAAGAUGACAAGGAUGACGGGGAUAAGAUCGUAUAUACAGGUUCAGGGGGUCGCAAGCUCGGUGAUCGUACGCGCGAGCUGGAUCAUGACCAGCAAUGGUCGGAUUUUGGAAAUCAGGCGCUUCGUAAAUCUUCUGAAACAGGCAAACCCGUGCGCGUUAUUCGGGGCCAUGAGCUUGAUUCUGAAUUUGCCCCAUGGGAAGGCUUCCGGUAUGAUGGCUUGUAUAUCUGUAAACGUGCGUGGAAAGAGAAGGAUAGAGACGGUUAUUAUGACAUCUGUCGUUAUAUCAUGGAGAGGGUUCCAGGCCAACCACCCUUACGCCGUCGUUUGACUGUCGGCCGUUACAGGCCACUACCAGGCUCCGAAGCUGUGCAGCCGCCAGCGCCGGCCCCAGUAACUGGACGCCAAAGAAUCAUGCAGCUGCAGCAGGCGGUGCUAGAUAAAGAUGCCUCUUCGCUGGGAUUACCCCUGUGA